AUGGCCACUUCGACCCUCCUCCUUAACAGCAGGAUCAUGACUCCUUCAUUUCCGACGUCGUCGAACCAAUAUCCUUCCUCCUGUCCCUCUUGCGGCCACGCUCUGCCUCCCUCCUCUGAACCUUCGGCCGAAGCCGCCCAAGCCCACCGCCGUAUUCUUGACCUUGAGGCUCAGGUUAGGCUCCUGAAUUCCAAAACUGCCUCCGCAGUCGAUAAGAUCGCAGACUACGAAGAUGAACUUCAAUAUUUGCGUGAUGCACAUGCCCGAUCUCGGCAGCAAGGACAGAUGACCGGGCCAAGUAGUCUUCCAUUCGAAGGACCUGGGCCGGCCAUUGCGCCUGGCCGACAGCAACAUCUGCAACAGUCAAGGCUUGCAAGUCUGAGCGCCUUUCUGCCCGGUCGAAGAAAAGAAGCCAACCCGGGUCAGCUUCCAACGACGCCCGCGACAGGAACAUUCCCGCAAAACAACACCGCUUACGUCAACAACGCCCUCUCCCCUCCCAAAACCCCCUUCUCCGGUGCUAACUACUCUGCUCCUACCCUCCAAUCCACGCAAUCCGACAGCCAAGUUUUGAGUCUGUCUUCAUUACAAUCUUCUCUAGAGGAAGAGCGCACUUUACGUUUACGCGCCGAAUCCAGCCUCUCUCAGACCCAAACCGAGCUUGAGGAAUUGACGGCACAGCUAUUCGGACAGGCAAACGAGAUGGUUGCGACAGAGCGCAAGGCAAGGGCGAAAUUGGAGGAAAGAGUGAAAGUGUUGGAGCAGAGAGAUGUGGAGAAGAGGAAAAGAUUGGAACGGUUGGAAAAGGCGGUCAUGAGGAUUGAAAGAGUCAGAGGGCUGGUGGGGCCUUGA